AGCUUAUAAAGCUUCUCGCACGGGCCAAAAGCCGUAGUCUGUGCCAAGAACAGAGCCGGUGUGUGUGCCCGCGCUGACGUGCACGGGCGGCGGCCAUGGCGAGGAUUCUGCUCCAGCCCAACAAAGACGAUCACGCAACCGCGUUCCACUCCCACACCGGGGCGCCGGCGACCUCCCUCCUCCUCCUGCUCGUCGUCGCCGCCGCUGUCGUCGUGUCUCUUUGCACCAGCGGCAAGAACGCCAGGCCAUGGAAGCAGCGCCGGUCGUCCCUCGCGCCAGCGCCGCAGCAGGAGCACGAGCACGAGCAGGACGGCGGCGGCGGCAUGAGCAGGAACAAGCAGCUGCUCGCCAGCCUCAGCGGCAUCGGCGUCAAGGCGGCCGCGGUGGCCAAGAUGGUCUCGUGGAACCGGCGCUCGCCGCCGGCGAGCGCCUGGAGCAGCGGCGGCGGAGACGACGCCUACGUGGACGCCGACGGCGACGGCACCGCCGAAGAAGAAGCGCUCUGGAAGAAGACCAUCAUCUUGGGCGACAAGUGCCGCCCGCUCGAGUUCUCCGGCCACCUCGCCUACGAUUGCGACGGCAACCCGAUGCAGCCUCAACCGUCAGCGAUCAACAAAGAUGCCACCGACGAUGCGGCAACCAAGGGUUAGCGAACCACUCCGGGUGCCUACGUGCAUUUGGGAGUUUGAUUUGCAUGGUGUGUUAGGGAUUGGCGCGUCAAAUUGUACGUGCUAUGUAAGCUACCGCUGGGCCGUUUGCGGUGUUGUCCACCGAUUUUGGAAAGCCGAUGAAGGUGUUUAUUUACACCUCGAUCGUUGAAUCAAAGCGUUCACCGUCCA